UAAAGUCCCAAAAGCUUCCUUCUUUUCUAUUUGGUGCCCCGCGGCACUCGAUCCAAUUACUAUGAAAUUGACUGGCAACCCCAAGCGCCACCGUCCUCAGCCGCCAUCCCUGAUCACAGACAAACUACUUAACGCAGGUGCUUUUCUUCAGCAGAAAUACGGAAACUCGAGAAUGGAAACGACUACCAAUUGCUCCGAGGAUUUGUCAUCACAGAUGGAGCUGGAUGCAUUUCGGCGUCUUUUCCCCUUGCGUUAUCAUGAGCGUUAUCUUGUUGAAUCUAUACGACCAGAUGGACGAGCACUUGGAGAAGCUAGACAUACAGCAGUUGUGCUUGGCAGUGUGGCAUCUGCAAAUGGAUCUUCACUGGUAAAGAUUGGUUCCACAACAAUGUUGGCUGCAAUCAAGAUGGAAGUCAUGACUCCAGCUGCGGAAUCUCCUGAUGAGGGAUCCAUAGCGGUUGAAUUCUACAUGCCUCCAAUUUGUUCUUCUCUUGUACGACCUGGUCGGCCCGCGGAGGCAGCUCCAGUAAUUUCAAAACAGUUAUCUGACGCCAUUACUAGUGCUGACAAAAUGAAACUUACCUAGUUCGGGCAUGGUUGACUUCAAAGAACUCUGUGUGGUUAGUGGAAAAGCUGCUUGGAUGGCAUACCUAGACAUAUACUGCUUGGACGCUGAUGGUGCUCUGUUUGAUGCUGCAUUACUUGCAGCAGUUGCUGCCUUUUCACAUUUGGAGAUUCCUCCAGCUUCUUUGGAUGAUGACGGGAUAGUAGUUCUUGGUUCUAAAAACAAAAACAAAAAGGAUGUAAUGGAUGAAAAUGAACCGGUCUCUAAAGAAGGGAAGAGAAAACUGAAUAUAAAUAGUGUUCCGUUCUCAUUGACAUGCCUACUCCACAAAAAAAAUAUCCUAGCAGACCCUACAGCAGAGGAAGAGUCUGUAAUGGAAACUGUUCUUACUGUGGUAUUGGAUUCAUCGUAUCAAAUUGUAUCCCUUAACAAGCCAGGAGGGGCUGUCCUUGCCCACAGUUCAACUAUCAAGGAUUGCUUUGCAUUGACAAAACAAAGAGUCAACCAACUAAAGAGUAUACUGAACGAGGCAAUAUCUGAUAUGGAUGUGGACUAAAAAAUGAAAGCUUUAAUGUGCAUAUGUUCAUCUCUGCAACAUGUUCCGUCUACAAGUGUUUUUUUGCCUGAAGCCUCUCAUCCUUGUCUUUUCCAAGGGAUUAGUACAUAUAGCAGAGUGGUGCAUUAGUGAAUUGCACGUUUGAGACCAUAGCUCUCAUUGAAACAGUAGGAAAUUUUUGGAUAUCUAUUACGCACGGCCUUUUUUCUUCAAUUGGGGCACAGAGACCGCUGGUUUGCUGUGACGGGUGAAUUUGUUUGCCCUGGGCCCUGGGGGCCGGGGUUUGACUCAGAGCAAUAGUGACGGAUUACAAGUGAUUUUGUAGUGUAUCAAAUAAAACUGCAAAUUAUAUCGUGAAGUCGGUUGUACCAUGCACACGGUACAAUCGGGCUUUUUGUUGCACACGUGCUUUGCUUAUCGCUGUUACACAGAUGGAUGGCUCCCCGCUUGCACCUAGAUCCGCUGCUCACUGCUUGCACCCUAAUGGCUGUUCACCCCUUGCACCUCAGACCGAUGCCUUACAACUCGCAUCCCAGACAGACAGUUCGUUGUUCGCACCCAGACGACCACACAUUGAAAUGAAAGAACUAAGAUUUUUAACAUUUGAACUCCACUCAUUAACGCAUGUUUUUCGGUUUGGACUUCAUGAGUCUCCACAUCCACAUCCUAAUCCCUACAGCUAAAUUCAAAUUUGUGAGUUGAUAAAUCAUGCUUUCUCCAUCUAUUUAUGAUCAGGAGUAAUGCCAACAUGUGAAUAAUCCAUUCUGCUCUUUCAAUAUUUAAAUAAAACAUAUUAUUCAAAC